AUGGCGCCGUCUAAUCCUUUGGCGAACUGGGAAAGACUGGGAACCAGCUUCUACAGGAAAAUCCCUGUAUACUACUCGCUCUUUGACGAGGAUGUCGAGCUAGAGAACUACAUUGUUGCCGGCGCUCCGUAUGGCGGGGCUAUUGCUCUGUACCGAGACGAGAGCAAACCUCUUCGGUUUCGAGACGCCCAGCCCGGCAAGUCGAACAUUGAUAUCUACUCCCGGUCUGGGAAGCUGAUUAACCGACUCAAUUGGGAGCAUGGGACUAUUAGAGGACUCGGAUGGUCCGACCAGGAGGAACUGCUGGUGAUUACCGAGGAUGGCACUGUCCGACGCUACUUUGGCUUGUACGGUGACUUUACCUCGUUUUCUCUCGGAAAUGGAUCUGAGGAGUACGGAGUGAGGGCAUGCCGGUUCUGGAACUCCGGCUUUGUCGCUUUGCUCGCUAAUAACCAGCUGAUUACUGUGUCUAACUAUAAUGAGCCACGACCUAGGCUCCUAGCACAAUGUCCGGAAGGGGAGGUCGCUUCAUGGUCGCUCAUUCCGCCAGCUUACACGCUAUCCCGUUCUGUUGAGGUCCUACUUGCUGUCGAUAAGACGGUCUACCUUGUCGAUCCUACUGAGGCGGAGGAUAAAGUGCUCCAGAAUGGGCCUUUUAAGCACGCAAGUGUAUCGCCCACGGGCCAGUUUGUUGCCCUUCUGACGGCUGAAGGGAAAGUUUGGGUAGUGAGCAGCGACUUCCAAACCAAGUACAGCGAAUAUGAUCCAGACUCGCGAGUCACUCCUCGCGCCGUCGAGUGGUGCGGUGACGAUGCGGUUGUUAUUGCGUGGGAAGAUGAAGUACAUCUUAUCGGACCGAAUGGCGCAGCUGCACGAUAUUACUACGACGGGACUGUUCAUGUGUUGCCAGAAUUUGAUGGCGUUGGUUUACUCACCAAUGACGCGUAUGAAUUUUUACACAAAGUAUCAGACGUCACUGAAGCUAUCUUCCGACUCGGAUCAACGUCUCCAGCGUCUGUACUGCUAGACUCAAUUGACCUGCUGGAGAAGAAGUCACCCAAAGCAGACGACAAUAUUCAGCGGAUCAAAUCAAGCUUACCAGAGGCCGUUGAUGCAUGUGUCAAGGCAUCGGGGUUGGAAUUCGACGCUCACUGGCAGAAGCGACUGCUCAAAGCGGCAUCGUUUGGAAAAUCAGUACUGGAUUUGUACAACAGCGAUGAGUUUGUUGAGAUGACAGAGAAACUACGAGUCUUGCAGGCUGUUAGGGACUUCAAGAUAGGGCUCGCCGUAUCAUACGACCAGUACAUGCGCUUAACGCCGGAGAAGCUGAUCGAGCGCCUGGUUAACCGAAGGGAGUAUCUGCUUGCAAUUCGGAUCUCAGAAUACCUCCAACUUCCCGCGGACAAGAUAUACGUCCACUGGGCGAGCUCGAAAGUCAAAGUUUCCACAGUCGAUGAUGAAGCUGUCUGCAAACUGAUCGUGCAACGGCUGGACGGAAAGCCAGGAAUAUCUUUUGAAGUCAUUGCUCAGGCAGCUUACGAUGAAGGCCGCUCACACCUCGCAACACAGCUAUUGAACCACGAACCGCGGGCCGGGAAGCAGGUUCCACUGCUGCUCAACAUGGAGGAAGAUGAAAUCGCACUGGACAAGGCCAUUCAAAGUGGAGAUGAUGACCUUGUCAACUACGUACUUCUUCAUGUGAAAAGCAAGCUUCCUAUCGCGAGCUUCUUUAGAAUGAUUAACACCCGCCCAAUGGCAUCUGCGCUGGUGGAGACGACUGCUCGGGAUGAAGACACCGAGCUGCUGAAAGACCUGUUCUACCAGGACGAUCGACCAUUGGACGGCUCGAAUGUGCUUCUCUCGGACGCUCUGAAAGAGCCGGACCUGCCACGCAAACAGGAGAAGCUCCACCUCGCAUCCCGGUUACUCUCUGACUCCAAGGACCCAACAUUGGUGUUGCAUCAGAAGCUAAUAAACGAGUCGUCGCAACUGCUCAAGGUUCAAGAGGCGUUGGACAAGGACCUGGCGGAACGUUCCGAAUUCUUUGGUUUGAGCUUGAACGAAACUGUUUACAGACUGAUCAGGUCCGGCUAUGGCAAACGGGCACAAAAGAUCCAAAGCGAAUUUAGGAUGCCGGAGAGGACGUACUGGUGGCUAAGACUACGAGCGCUAGUAGCCAAGCGUGACUGGGGAGAGCUGGAAGAAAUUGGCAAGAUCAAGAAAUCUCCAAUAGGGUGGGAGCCUUUCUAUAACGAAAUUUUGGGUGCUGGGAACACAAAGCUGGCUUCGGCCUUCGUCCCAAAAUGCACCAAUUUGCCCGCGGAGGAAAGGAUAGAGAUGUGGGUGAAAUGCGGGAUGGUUGUAAAGGCCGGAGAGGAGGCUUUCAAGGCAAAAGAUGUCAACACCCUCGAGCUUCUCCAAGGGAAAGCCUCCGGCCCGGCUGCCGUGGAGAUUGGCCGGAUGAUCAACCAGCUACGGCCAAAGAAAUGA